AAAGAGUUUAUUUGAACCCAAACCUGGAUCUUUCCUAAACUUGACCACGUAGGUUCGUUGCCUGGAUUAUGUUCGUAGUAACUUUUGUUUGGCAGAAGGACACUUCUCCUGUUAAUUGUUGUAAACAAACCAGCUGGUUAACUAGCCAGCAGCUAAUUGAGUAAAAUUAAAAAUCUAUCCCCAAAAAAUAAACAUAUCGCCGUGAAAAGGACUACAUCUCCCACGUGCAUGUCCUAUUCACUAACGGAGCUUCAUUAUUACCUAUAAUCAUCCGAACCGACUUUAACCAAAGAAGGAAGUGUACAGGGAUGAAUCCUCUCGCUCUGCCGCUGUAUUCUUGGAUCUCUGAGUCACUUCAAAGGAGUCACCUCGCCUGGUGCUCUUCCAUAGAUGUCACAUUUAAUUCUGCCCUCAUGGAUUGUACAUUUUGAACUUUUCUUGAUCAAAUGAACAGGGAGGAAUAUGGGCAAAUUCCAGUCCAAACUUGUUUCGAAACGCAGACAGAGUCCUGAAGGUGGUAGUUUGGUUUCCAAUGUGCUGACCUGUCAAAGCGAGCUGGAGCUCAUUCGCAUCCACAAAACAAAACUGACAGAGAACCUGUACGUAGAAUUGAGAGCAAACAGGUCUGACCAUAACUGCAACCUUAAAGUGGUUCUGCCACCAAAGAAGACACCUGAUCAAGGUAACAGCAUCCACUUCCAGGUCAAUAAAAAAGCCAAGAAGAGGAACAGCCAUGCUAAUGUCACAGAUUGUAACAUGGUGCCUGAUGAGGACACUCAGCAGGAGUGGGUCUUCACACUGUACAACUUUGACAACAGUGGCAAGGUCACCAAAGAAGACAUGCCUAGUCUGAUACACUCCAUAUAUGAGGUUCUAGAGGCGUCAGUCAAGCGGCCUUACGGUGGCCCCACACCCCUGAAGAUAAAGCUUGUUGUAACUCCAGCAGCUGACCCUGAGAACAUCUUACAAAUAGCAACAGAGAAGGAGCAGAGUGCAUCUCAGGAGGCAGGAAACUCAGUAAGAAGUUUUUAUUGCGUGGAAGAAAACAUAGAGCGCAGAAACCACUACCUGGAUCUAGCUGGCAUUGAAAACUAUACCUCCAAGUUUGACAAUACAGAAUCGCUCUCUCAGGAGCCCAGUCAGGAUGCUCGCUCUGCUCCUAAGCACCACCCUGUGGUGGUCGGAGAGAACUACAUCUCCCCGGAGUCUCCCAGAGGCCUCUCUAUCCCUCAUUGCCUAAAAAGCAAGGCUGUGUCGGCGGGGAAAGACAGGAAUGCAGGACAGGGGAAGUCUUGCAGGUUACAUGGUCAACACCCUGCUUCGUGGUGCCAUCCUUCCCAGCCUCCACCUGCAGCACAUAGCGUCCUGCAACGGAGUCACAGCAAGAGGGUUCGCUCCAGGGUACAAAAUGCCUCGCACUUUCAAUCCACAGCGGCGGGAGAUAGGGAAAUAUUUUCCAACCUUCAGUCCUCUCAAUCCCAAAGACAUGAGCACCAUCACCACCAUGACCACCAUCAUCAUCAUCACCACCACCACCACCCUUCAUAAAUAAUGCACUUUAAAAACAUAUGAGACCGGUGAGAAGAGGUGGUGUGUAGACUAUGGACCUGAAAUGUGAUUGUUUUGGAGGUUAAAUGCAACUCAGCAGGUCUUUGAAUCUCCCAUUUACAUUAUAUUCAGUGUGUAGUGGAAUCAGGCUGAAGCACUGAUAUCUAAUGCAAACAAACAUAAAAGAUUGCCUUCACUAAAUCCAGUAAUGGUCAGUUAAAUGUGUAUUGAAUUCUACCUCUCUAGCUAUUUAGAUUGACAGGUUCCUCUCAGGUAGAUUUACACUUGGCUUUAAAAUUAUUUAAAUGCACGUUUUGUAGCAAUACAUUUGGUUUGAAUAUAUUAAUAUCCUAAACUAAUAUACAGUAUGUCUUCCUGCCCCAAACAUUUAAUGACAAUGAAUCAUUUCUCAGUUCACUGUUCACAUUCACACAAUGUCCAUGCUUUCUUUCCCAUGCUUUCUUCUAUGCUUUGUAGUGACAACUUUUACUCAAUAACGGCAAGACAACCACUAUUUGCAAUCUCUAAACAUACAGGCGUAUGUUUAGAGAUUUGUGCAGCAUAGCAAAAUAUGUGUCAUCAGUCUGAAACAAUGUUUUGUCAUAAAUAAAUA